AUGUUAAAAAUGAUGACGAUCCGGGUGGCCGUGAUAGGAGCCGGGGCGGCAGGUCUAUGUGCUUUGCGGCAUCUCACCACUAGACAACAAAAGUUCCAUGUCGUGUGCUUCGAACAGAAUAGUCGUCUUGGUGGUACAUGGAUUUAUACUGACCAGACUGGCGUGGAUGACCAUGGCCUCCCCAUACACUCCAGUAUGUACAGAAACCUGAAGACGAAUCUUCCAAAGGAACUGAUGGCGUUCCCUGAUUUCCCGUUCCGGGCUGAUCUACCAUCUUUUAUUCGACAUGAAGAUGUGUUAGAAUACCUCGAAAGUUAUGCAGAUUGUUUUGAUUUGUUGAAGUAUAUAAAGUUCUCAACAAAAGUGAAAUUGGUUCACCCUCAGAAGUCCUCCGACACGAUUACAUGGGAGGUGACAUACAAGACCCUGAUAGACUCUGAUUUGACUUCUACAACAGAAACGUUUGAUGCUGUUAUGGUUUGUAAUGGUCAGUUCUCUGUACCACUUAUACCAGCUAUUACCGGACUAGAUCUAUUCCGUGGUAAAGUAUUGCACAGUCAUGACUACCGUUAUCCGUCCGAAUUUGAGGGAAAGUGUGUGGUGUGUCUGGGUGCUUCCUCGUCUGGCCAGGACAUCAGUCUGGAUAUGUCGUCUGUUGUGGAAAAGGUUUACCUGAGUCACAGAUUACCAAGACUACAGACAUAUCUACCUGAUAAUCUGGAACAGAAACCAGGAAUCAAACACGUCACGGAAUAUACAGUUGUAUUUGAAAAUGACGAAGAAGUAACAGCCGAUGCUCUCGUGUUCUGUACCGGUUAUAGGUUCAGUUUCCCUUUCCUGUCACCAGAGUGUCGCGUGAAAACUGACAAUGAACGUAUCGUACCCCUUUACAAGCACCUUAUUCACACGGAAUACCCGUCUUUGUCGAUAGUUGGCAUUCUGAAGAAAGAUUGUCCAUUUUUAAGCAUUUAUCAUCAGGUAUUGUUCGUGAUUGCGACUUUAGACGGUACCGUGGAACUACCAGUUCGUGAGGAGAUGGAUGCUGACACGGAUAAAGACUUCCGCAGUAGGUUAGAAAGGGGCAAGCCAGACCGACACGCGCACCAUAUGGGCACCCUUCAAUGGCAGUAUUACAACGAGUUUGCCGACCUUGCAGGAUUCGAGCGUAUCCCUCCUGUUCUUGCAUUGUUAUAUGAUACAGUUCUUAAAACACGCGCUGAAGACACUAUAAACUUUAAGACAAUAAACUAUAAAAUCACAGGGCUAAAUACUUAUGAAACUAUCAAUGGUGAUAUUUAAACAAUACAAAACUGUCCUACAUCAAUCUGAUUAUCUUAUCAGUGCUUGGAACUAUUUUUUAACAACACCAAAUGGUUGACGUCGACGUCACCGUUUGACUAUGGUGAGUGCUUUGAAGUAUUACUUGAACAUCAUCGAACGGUUGACGUCGAAGUCGACAUUGUCUAUGGUUAGUAUUUUGAUGUAUUAUUUGAACAUCAUCGAACGGUUGACGUCGACAUUUGACUAUGGGAGUGCUUUGAAGUAUUAUCUAACAUCAUCAAAUAUUUACAUUUUGGUGGCAAAGCCACGAUAUAAACUUAGUAAAAAGAUUUGCGGUCUAUGUGACCAUAAUUGACAACCAAA